CAUGGGAUCAUGGAAAUAACUAAAAAUGAGGGAGUAGUUUCCGUCAAACAAGAAAAAGUAUGAAGAAAACUGAUCAAAAGGGUAGUGAAAUAGUUGGGAAAAUAUGCCAAAGAAUGAUAACAAACCGAGUAUUCCGAACUUCCUUGUGUUUUUAGUUAUCCAGACUUCUAAAAGUGCAAUCUUUGUAACGAGUUUCAGCCCCUUAUUCUUGAACAAUCGCUGUUUCCAUUGUCUUUACUCUUUGACAAUAAAAAGCGAGGGAGAACAACGAAGAAAAGAAGAAGAAUCGAGUAGUUUCUGUGUCUCUAAUGGCAAACUUUUGGGAAUUACUUAAACCCCAGAAAACCCUUCAAAGCCGUUUUAAAGUUCUUUGAACUGGAGUGCCCGAUUUCGUAGUCUGAACUGAGCCAAUGCCCCCAAGGCGCAAUAAUCCUUGGACUUUGGACCUCGACCCUGACCUUUACGGAAUCGAUCUCGACCCUUCUGAUUUUGGGUCGUCUCUUCCCCUGAAAAAGGUCCCAAACGGCGAUAUUUUCUCUGCUUCUCGUGCCGGAGAUGUCGACCGCCUUCGCUACCUGCUUGAAUCCGGCGUUAAUGUCAACGCUCGCGACCAGUGGGACUCUGUCGCUCUUUACUAUGCCUGCUUGGCGGGACAUCUUGACGCUGCUAGAAUGUUGCUCGAGAGCGGCGCUAUAUGUUCGGAACACACAUUUGAUGGCGAUAGGUGUCAUUAUGCUGCGCUUAAUUUGAAGGUCCGGAAGCUUCUGAAGGCAUUUGAAGCCCGACCGCCGCCGCUCGGCCCAUUGCAGACUGCGUUGCGAGAAACUUUCUUGGGCUGUGGGGGUAAUAGGGCUUAUUUAGAGCAGGUGGAGAGCUUUCAUCAUCUUUCAGGCGUUCCUUUCAAUUCGGAUUCCAACUAUGAGUUCUUCCCUCCCGACGUUUCGUUUAUCAUUCAAGGCAGGCCGAUUGAAGCUCAUCGAGUUAUCCUAAGUGCUCGGUCUCCUUUCUUUAAGAGGAAGUUUCAAGUUGACUGGAAAGAUCGCAAGGAAGUUAGAUUCUCAAAGGAAAAGCUAUCUUAUUCAGCUCUAUACUGUCUCCUUCACUUCUUUUAUUCCGAUAGACUGGAAGUUGCCGUAGAUGAUAUGGAAGACCUUAUCAGAAUUUGUAAAGUAUGCAAAUGCGAUUCGUUGCUCAGAAUUCUUGAGAAAGAAUUGGUUCACCAAAAGUAUGCCCAAUAUAAAGCUUUGGGUGAUGUUGACAACUCAGUGAAGCGAUUCAUCUUACAGGGUGUUUCCCUUCCUGAAGAAGACCGUCUUCCAGCAGCAUUACGACGGAUGCUUCAGAUCGCUCUAGCCAACUCAACUACGGAACUUGGACAAGAUUGUGAUUCUAAUGAUUUACAUUUACUUGCUAGUAAAAUGCAGAUCAAUGAUCAUAUGGAUGAUCUUGCAGAUAUUUGUGUUCGGGUCGAUAAAAAGUUUUUCCGCUGUCACAAAGUAGUUUUAGCAUCAAGAUCAGAGUACUUUAAGGCAAGAAUAUCUCGCAUAAAGGAUUUUGGCGAAGGAAAAAAUGAAAUUGCAGUUCAUACUCUUCCAUUUCUCGAAGAACAUGAUUUGAGCAUGGAAGCAUUUGAAAAAAUGAUAGAGUAUAUGUACACAGAUUGUUUGAAGGAUAUAGAUCCUGAUCAGGCAGAAGAAAUGUUCGAUGCUGCUUCACGAUAUCUUUUAUUCCCUCUUAAGCGAGCUGUAGCUGAUGCUUUGCUGCCACAAUUGGAAAUGGUUCCUCCAGCAGAACUGUGCCAAUGGCUAAUACUGUCUGACAUGUAUGGCGUUAUCAAGAUUCGCGAGUAUUGUUUGGAUACAAUAGCUUGUAAUUUUGAGACAUUUGCUGAUACCCGAGAAUUUAGAGAGAUGCUAUUGACACUCCCUCCACCCUCUGGGGAUUCGUCGCUCCGUACAACAGUUCCGAGCGCUCCAGGAGCUGCAGUUAAUACAGAUCAAGGCAACCUUCUCGAUGAUCUACGAGAAAAAUGGCUUGAAGCUGAGGCUGCUGAACUUGAUAAGAGAGAUGAAAGUGCUCUACUUUUUGAUAAGCGUCUUGAAAUGCUAAUGAUCAUAGCUGAACAAGAAAAGUCUGAUGAAACUGGAAAUGAAGAUUAAGCUUUCAUCAUUCAUACUCUGAGCAAUAUGGAACUAACAAAACCUUUGUACGCCAUUGAAUUGAAGAAUUGGAACGUACUAGCUUCACAACAUUGCAUUGAACAAAAUUGAAACACAGACACAAAUUGUAACGAAAAUAGUUCAUCUUUAUCCUUCUUUAUCCUUCCUCACUAAAAUAGGAGCUGUCCACCUGAAAUUGCUAUAACCAACUGGAUCCAGAGUACCCCUCCAGCAACCCUAAAGGAAGAAGAUGGUGACUCCGUCGAUGAUGGAGAAACACUGCCCUCAGUCUUAGCAGAUGGAGUAUCAGCAGCAGGAGCAACGUCAGGGCUCGGUACUGGAGCUGGGGCAGGAGGGAAAUCAGUUCCAAAGAUUGCUUCUGGAAGGAGUACGUGAUCGACUUGGUAAACUGCAACAGGAUCGGUUGAAAGCACGCUACUAGUCACUUUUGUGUUGGUCCAACCUGAGCUUAUGUGGAUAGUACCAGAUGCAUCAGUAAAAUUCAAAAUGUACUGCUCACCGGCAAAUGUUGUAAUCGGACUCUUUUGGCUUAGUUUGUUGAAAUCAGCUAAAGUGUAGUAAUGUGGUAAGCCAUGAAAGAGUAACAGUGACUUGAGCUGGUCCUUGGUGAGAUUGGACAGAGAAGGUUUCUUAAGAGAUGAAAAUGCAGUAUCUUUUGGUACAAAUAUAGUAAUUCCCUCUUCAGAAUCGUUGGCUUGCUUUUGGAAGGUCUCAAUGACUUUGGUAGAUUCAAGGUAGCCAAGGAACUUGUGGAAGGGACCUGCUACUGUAAGCAAAUCAGCGAGGUUGACAUGAUCGCCAGCUGGUGCAGGUGCCGGGGCUGGUACUGGUGCAGGAAUCGGACCAACUGCAGGAGGCUUAGCAGCAGUUCUCGCACAUACUGGUGAAGAGCACAGCAGCAUCAGCCAAAUACAAAACAAGAAAAUCAUAUGAAGUUCCAUCUCUUUAUGUGGUUGUCCCUGAAAUUCACAAAUGCCAUGAAAUUAGUUUCUCGAGAGGAGUAAACCAAUUGAGCCACAAAAAAAAGCAAAAAUGCACAUCAAUUUCUGAAUUCCUUGUUAGGAGAAACAGCCAUAAAAAGUAAAGAUCACAAGAAUGCAAUUGCAUUUAUGCAUCAGAUAAUCAAACGAUUAAAAGGGAUGAAUAGAUGUAACUGAAAGAAGGCAACAGCGGAGAGGGAUGAAGGAAAGUGGAGAAGAAAGAGGAGUAUAUAAAUGAGGAAUGUAGGGAAUGUAAAGAAGAGAAAGUGGAAGUUACAACUUACUUAUUACAACUGGUGAUAUUGCAGAGCCCAGAAGGUGGUUCCAUUUGUUCCUUAUAAGGGAUGAACAAAAUAUUAACAAGACAGAGACAUGUAGGUUGCUCUUUCACUAUCAUACAAACAUCUAAUUAAUGUUGUUUGUCAAUGCC